AUGGCUGAGCCAACCUUUUUCCCGGCCCCGGCGACGGACCUCACCGUCCUCCUCCUCGGCUCGGGCGGCCGCGAGCACGCUCUCGCUUUCAAGCUCGCCCAGAGCCCCCGCGUCAAGCGCGUCCUCAUUGCGCCGGGAAACGCAGGGACCGCCCUCAUUGGCGGCAAGGUCCAGAACGUCGCGGUCCCCUGGGGUGGUAAAGCCGGCUACGACACCAUUGUCAAGUACGCGCAGGACGAGCGCGUCGACCUUGUCGUUCCGGGUCCCGAGCAGCCACUUGUCGACGGAGCGGAGGCGGUCUUCCGCAAGGCCGGCAUUGCCACCUUUGGGCCUUCGCCUGCCGCAGCCCUCCUUGAGGGCUCCAAGGCGCUCUCGAAGGACUUCAUGGCGCGUCACAACAUUCCCACUGCCGCGUUCAAGAACUUCACCAAGGACCAGUACGAGGACGCCGUUGCGUACAUCAAGUCGUCGCCGUUCUCGUCCGGCCGCUGCGUCAUCAAGGCGUCGGGCCUUGCCGCAGGAAAGGGCGUCCUCAUCCCCGCCGACAACGCUGAGGCGCUUGAGGCCCUCAAGACUGUCAUGGUUGACAAGGAGUUUGGCGACGCCGGCGACGAAGUCGUCAUCGAAGAGUGCCUCGUCGGCCCGGAGAUCUCCGUGCUGGCCUUCUCGGACGGCUACACCAUUGUUCCCAUGCCCGCCGCGCAGGACCACAAGCGCAUCGGCGAGGGUGACACCGGUCUCAACACCGGCGGCAUGGGUGCGUACGCGCCCGCGCCUGUGGCUACCCCCGAGAUCAUGAAGCAGGUCCUCAAGGAGUCCCUCGAGCCCACGCUCAAGGGCAUGCGCCAGGACGGCCACCCCUUCGUCGGCAUGCUCUUCACCGGCUUCAUGCUCACCCGCGACGGACCCAAGGUCCUCGAGUACAACGUCCGCUUCGGUGACCCGGAGACGCAGGCGCUUAUGCUCCUCCUCGACGACGAGACUGACCUCGCCGAGGUCAUGCUUGCUUGUGUCGAGCGACGCCUCGACUCGGUCAAGCUCGGCUACCGCGAGGGCUUUGCCGUCUCCGUCGUCUGCGCUUCCGAGGGCUACCCCGGCUCGUACCCGAAGGGUGUCCCGAUUACCAUCGGCGAGACCCCCAAGGGUGUUGAGGUCUUCCACGCCGGCACUGGCCUCAAGGACGGCCAGCUCGUCACCGAGGGCGGCCGCGUCCUUGCUGUUGCCGCCGCGGCGCCUACCGUCCGCGCCGCCGUCGACCUCGCGUACGAGGGCGUGAAGGCUGUCGAGUUCAAGGGCAAGACUAUCCGCCGUGACAUUGCCUACCGCGCUCUCACCGCCGACCUGUCGGGCCCCGCGCCUGCCCAGGGCCUCACAUACGCCGCGGCAGGUGUCGAUGUCGACGCCGGCAACGCCCUUGUCGAGGCUAUCAAGCCUGUCGUCAAGGCUACGCGUCGCCCUGGUGCUGACGGCGAGAUCGGCGGCUUCGGUGGUGCCUUUGACCUCAAGGCCACCGGUUUCCGCGACCCCGUCCUCGUCUCGGGAACAGACGGUGUCGGCACCAAGCUCCGCAUUGCGCUCCAGCACAACAAGCACGACACGGUCGGCAUCGACCUCGUCGCCAUGUGCGUCAACGACCUCAUCGUCCAGGGCGCUGAGCCCCUCUACUUCCUCGACUACUUUGCCACCUCGAAGCUGGAGGUUCCCAUUGCCGCGGACGUCAUCACCGGUAUCGCGCGCGGCUGUCUCGAGUCGGGUUGUGCCCUUAUCGGCGGCGAGACCGCUGAAAUGCCCGGCAUGUACCAUGACGGUGACUACGACCUGGCCGGCUUCGCCGUCGGCGCUGCUGAGCGCGAUGAGAUGCUUCCCCGCAAGGACAUACAGUCCGGCGACGUGCUCAUCGGUCUCCCCUCGACUGGGCCGCACUCGAACGGCUUCUCGCUCAUUCGCAAGGUCGUGUCCCUCAAGGGUCUCGACCUGGCCUCCCCCGCGCCUUGGGACGAGACCAUGACAGUCGGCGACUCGCUCCUCAUCCCCACGCGCCUUUACAUCAAGCCCCUCCUCCCGGGUAUCCACGCCAAGCUCUUCAAGGGCAUGAGCCACAUCACCGGCGGCGGCUUCACGGAGAACAUCCCCCGUGUGUUCGCCGGCCGCAGCGACAAGCUCGGCGUCAAGCUCGACCUUAACUCGUGGAAGCUCCCCGCCGUUUGGCGCUGGAUCAUGCAGGCCGGCGGCAUUGCGCCCACUGAGAUGGCGCGCACGUUCAACUGCGGUGUCGGCAUGGUCAUCAUUGUCGGUCGCGACCAGCUCGACGCUGCGCUCAAGAGCCUGCGCGAGUCGGGCGAGCCGGACGCGUUCGUCAUGGGCGAGGUUACGGACAAGGAGGGCGUCGAGUACGUCGGCAUGGAGUCGUGGUCGCAGUAG